AGUUUGUAGUGUCCGGUUGUGCGCAGCGAUACCAAUCUCAUUACUUUUCUGCCAGACUAUAUUUAUUAGAAAUGCAAAUUUACUCAAUAUUAUGUGGCACAUAAUAGCGAUGUCAUUGAGGAAGAUUUGGCAGAAUUGCCUUCAUGUGUUUAUGCGGGCAGGUCUACGCAACAUGUCACGCAUACAUCACCACAUACACAUUCUCCCUUGCACUAUCAUAUGCCAGUUUCAACGCCAGAUCAUGACACAGAGAUAAACGGUGUAGAAGAGGGUUAUUAUCCAAAUGGUAGUCCUUAUAGAAUUCAAAGACACGCGGCUAAUAUUCGUGAAAGAAAACGUAUGCUGAGCAGCAUCAACUCGGCUUUCGACGAGCUCCGGGUCCACGUGCCGACCUUUCCUUAUGAAAAGAGACUGUCGAAGAUCGAUACCUUGCGCUUGGCUAUAGCAUAUAUUGCGCUCUUGCGCGAGGUUCUAGCGGCCAGGCUGGACCCUUUGACGUACGUUGAAAGGUGCCUUAGGGGUGAAAUAAACGGUGAACGCGCCGAAUGGAACACGAGUGAUUUGACGGCACGCUUGUCCUGGAUAAAUUGGGAAAAUUUGGGUGUGAAUCCAAACCGUCGAUCAGUGCUUACUACUCUCGCACUCACAACUGACAAUAUGAAUUGAGUAUUAUUAACAAGACAUAUUUUGGCCGCGAUUCUUUUUUUCUUUGUAAAUAUCUUUAUGUUCAAAUAGGGAAAAGAGGAGAAAAAAAGAAAAUACUAAUCAUCUUUUUGCGAUCUCAGUUUUAAUUCACGUGCAAUACAAGCGACGAAUAUUGUAUUCAAUAUCUACAUGUAUAUGUAAAAGAAAACUAGUUAGUACAAUUUAGUAUUUGCUUUGAAAUAAAAUGCUAUUCGAUGCUGUUCGAAA